CCGCGCCGUCGCCCGCUACUUCCUCGAUAAAACACCAAUGGCGAAGAACCGCAGCCGUCCGAUCGGUGCUCCGCCAUCCAUACUCCUCCCGAUGCUUUUAGUCGUGGCCCUGAUGCUUCUGCUCACCCCCCGGGGCGCCGACGCCCAACGACCAGCGCCCAACUACGACGGCUCGUACGGCACCUACAACGCCAACGUCAGCUCUUCUUUGGCGAUCCUAAUCGUCUUCUUAAUCUGUGCCUUCUUCUUCGCGGGCGCCCUCACCGUCUAUUUCCACCGCUGCGCCGGCGACAACUACGCCUUCUCCGCCGCCGCGGCUGGAGGCGCUGGCGGAAGAGCAGCGAGACGGGGGCUCGACCCGGCGGUGCUGGAGUCGUUCCCGACAAUGGCGUACGCGGCGGUGAAGAAGGUCGAGGGCGGGAAGUUCGGGGCGCUCGAGUGCGCGGUGUGCCUGGCCGAGUUCUCGGACGACGACACCCUCCGACUGCUCCCGAAAUGCUGCCACGUGUUCCACCGCGAGUGCAUCGACGCCUGGUUCGCCUCCCACGUCACCUGUCCCGUCUGCCGCUCUAACCUCGCCGACCCCGAGGUGGCGGCGGAGGCGGAGGCGACCACCGACGGUGGCGCCCCGGUCCCCCCGGAUCACGUGGCGAUCGACCUCGAGGGGGAGGAUCGGGAGCCGGACGAGCCGGACCUGGAGCUGACCGCGAGACCUAAACCGCCGACAGGGAAGUUCCGGCGCUGGCACUCGGAGGGGCGUUCGGCAGAGGGGGUGCACGACCGGCACACGCUCCGGCUGCCGGAGCACGUGCAGAGGGAGCUCGCAGCUUCCGUAAGGCUCCGGCGGGCGCAGAGCGUCACGGGGUACCCUGGCAGCGGGGAGGCGGGAUCGAGGAGGGGGAAUCGUGGCAGCGGAGGACGGAGCGGGUGGAUGGGGUGGUCGGACCGGUGGGUGUUCUUCCUACGGACGUUCUCCGGGAGGUGGAUGGGGGAAGGGGAGGCAGCGGAGGGGUCGAGCAAGAGGGUGUUCCCCGCCGCCGGAGAUCCGCUCGACGGCGUUGUCGGAGACGGAGGGGAGAAGUCCGGGUCCACGACGGAUGUGGUCGAGUCGUCGAGCACGGGGGGAGUUGAAUCGGUCUGACCGCCCGGGAAUUUACUUUGAUUCCCAUUUUUUGAAAACAUAAAAUUCGGUUUGUGAUUACGUGGCAAAGUAGAGGCCGCAGCAUCUCUAGGGUUGGUGGUAGAUAAAUCGGGGAGCGAGGGCGUAUAAAUAAUAGUAAAAGGUUUUUGUAAAUAUUAACGUUUUACGUCCAUACUGCAUUGGUAUUAGCCGUCUGAUGAGUGGCGUCUGACACACACAACCUGGCUGGAUGGCAAGGGGAUAAUUUGGAACGGUUCAAGUUUGGGGUGGAAAGAAGUGGCUCCUGACUCCUGACAGCUGUGAGCACGGGGUUCCUGCGGAGAAGAGAGAACCAAUAUGGGUGGUCAGACAAGCCAAUGAAAGCAGCUCGAGAGGGUGUUAUUUAUGCACAAGGAGUCAUGUAAGCCUGCAACGUUUGGCUCGAGGGACAUUCUUCUCAUGUAGUCAUAAAUAAUACGAAACAAAACUUUUUCCUUCUGAAAAAAAGCCAUUCUAGCAGUGCUCAAGAAAGUGGGGUAUACAUGCGCUUCAAGUUGAGCCAGUUCAAGCUUGGCUCAAAGUUUGAUUGAAGUUUGGUUGAAGCUUCGUAUCAAACUUGGUUGGAAUCUAAUAUUAUUGGUUUCAAAAGCUAAAUGAAAUAUUCAAGUUUGAAAUAAUAUUA